ACUUUUGUAUACUGAUAAAAAACAUUGUGUCAAAAACAGAAUAUUGAAAGUGUGCGCGGUGUAUUAUUUCUUAACUCUUAUUAAUAAAAUUAACCAAUUAUGUAAAAAUACGGAGUGGUUUAAAAUCUCCAUGUGCAUUUAUUGUAAUGUAAUGUCGAGUACUUAAUCUCUUGAAUCGUGAGCAGCGUUUGUGUGAUUAUUGCAAGAUGGGUAACAUUAACAAAGACAAUACGAUUUUCAUGGCGAAAUAUUCGGCAUUUAACCCUUACCGUAUAAGGGAGCGUGAGAUGGGGUACCAAAAUUCUAUAGGGGCAGGUGACGCGCUUGCAAAAAGUCUUUACUGCGGUAUGAAACCUAUCGCGUCCUGGGACGCCGAUAGAGACAAAUGUCUGCCGACUGGAGGCGUUUUCAACCUUGAAUUUUCCCCGGAAGGGACCCUACUGGUGGCUGCCUGUGAAAAGAAGUCAGUACAAAUAUUUGACCCACUAACGCAUGAGAAGAUACAUUCGGUAAAUGGAGCACACUCGGACUGUGUUAAUUGUGUUAAAUUCCUUGACGGACGAAUGUUUGCGACCUGUUCUGACGACACGACAAUCGCUCUAUGGGAUGUUCGGAACCUCAAAAAGAAGAUACGAUCUCUACUAGGUCACUCCAAAUGGGUGAAAAAUAUAGAAUUUUCAGUAAAAGACAAACUGUUGGUCACAUCAGGAUUGGACGGUAGCAUAUACACUUGGGAUAUUAAUUCAUAUACAGAGUACAACUUGGUUUACCAAAGAGUUUUUCAUACGUCAAGCCUGAUGCGAUGUCGGCUGUCUCCGGAUGCAAAGCAGAUGGUUAUGUGCACAACUGGAGGACUCAUUGUUUUAAUACAUGACUUGAAUUUAAAUACUUUAGCACAGGACCUUAAUGGAUUUAAGCCAAAUUUAUACAGGCUGAUGCAAAUGAGCAAGCAGCAGAUUCCCAUAGCGGCGAUGUAUGACCACCUGUUCGACAGCAGCCGCAAGGAGAACCGCAUCGAGUUCGUCUCCGACUUCCCUGAGGGCAAUGACGCUGAAGUUGUUAGUGCUUUACAGAUUCAUCCUCAAGGGUGGAGUGCGUUGAGUAGAAAUAUCAGUCACGAUGACAAAUCAGAGUGGACAUGCAUCCACGACAUCCAGCCAAUCAGCGAGUCGAGCGACAAGAGCACGCGGGACACUUCGCCGUCAUUGGGCGGCACGUCGUACCCCGCGCGUCCCUCCCCCCGCCGCCGCCCGCGCUCGCUCCGCCCCAGCCGGCAUCAUGUCAACCCCAUUCCGUUUGUCGGCAGGGCGAUGACUCACAUACAAAUAACUAGGGAGGGCGAGGCCCCGGCCGCCGGGCCCAGCUCGUCGCGCGACCCGCCCGCCGCCCCCGCCGCGCCGCAGCCCUCCCGCCUCGCUGGGGGUCUGUCUAAUAUACAGAAUGAUGUCUGGGAGGCGGCUAUCACGAUCAAACAGCAGAGAAUUCUGCAGGAAAUGUACAACAGAGGGCAGGUGAGGCGGAACUUCAACAUGCAGCGCAUCACGGGCAUCAACACCGGCAUCACGCCGCCCCCCGCGCGCCCGCUGCCCCCCUCGCUCUCGCCUGGACACGGGGAUGGAGACUCGCCCAGGAGUACAUCGCCAUCGUCUUCAGGACACACGCCGCCACGUGACAGCCCGAGCACGAGUGACGACGAAAUGAUCAAAAGCAACAUCAGACAGAACAAAGACAGGCUGCUCUAUUAUAUAGAGGAGACUAAUGAAGGAAAAGGAUUUAUUAAGGAACUGUGUUACUCAGCGGACGGGCGCAUCGUAUGCUCACCAUUUGGUCGGGGGAUGAGAUUGUUAGCGCUCAACUACGAAUGUGGAGAAUUAUCCAGCUGUGUACAAGAGCUGAGCGGACCUCGGCCCAUGGUGGAAGUAGGCCAGAGCCUGGGCAUCCAUCAGGACCUCGUCGUCAGCUCCAAGUUCUCCCCUCGCUACCACAUGCUCGUCACCGGCUGCCUCGAAGGCAAGAUCGUGUGGCACCAACCCUACAGCGGAGAGUCCCUGUACUAGACGUUACUCUACGUACUUAUAGUGAAUGUUAUAACUGCCUGUUGUUCAGCUAUCACUGCACUGCUGGCCAAGCUCUGACACGAAGGCUGGUCUCCGGUACACAGCGUUACCGAGUAGGUACGACCAGCGGCGAUGAACAUAGACGCUUGCAAGGAACAGGCUCGAUACUUAAGAGUAUUACAGAGUUAUGAUCGAAGUAUACCCUUACUCCGGUAAGGAACUAGCCAUCACCGCAUUUCAUGUUCGCAGUGUUUAGUAUUUAGAUCUUAAAAAUGCAGCUACGUGUAAUAAAGUUAACAAUAUGAGGAAUUUAAAAAUAAGGCUGAAUAAAAGUUUAUGUAAUUGGAUGUUUGCUACUUUCUCUGUCUAGGUAAAUCAAGCAACUUAAAAUCUAUCGUAGAAGAUAGUUUUAGAUAUUUAUAUCAACCACAUCUAGUAUCAACUUUGUAAUUUAAUACGAGAAGUCGUCGACUUGACUUUUAUGGCCUGACUGCCUGAGCGCCUGUUCAAAUGAGAUAUAAUGCAGUUACUUAAUAAACUUUAAUUUAUCGA